AUGACUCGGCACAAAGCUCCGGUCGCGGGACUGAAAGCGCUCCCGCGACGCUUGUUCUACACAGGCUACGCUGUGAUCUUGCUCGUUGCAGGUUACUACAUGAGGUUGUCGCCUGCCGCGUUGUCCCUGACAGAAGAGUUCGGACGUCUGUCACAAGGCGGACCAUGGUUCAUCCCUGGGUCCAAGGUCGCGAUCCGAAGAGACUACACCGGCAUUGAGGCGAUCGACGCGGUACUCACUUUUUUUGUCGCAGUGUUUUAUCCCAUAUCAACACAAUCGAAGGGCACCCGACUGCAGCUCGUGUACUUCCUAUUCAACUUCACUUCCAUCUGGACUGUCCUGGCUGUGGAAUCGAUCCGGGUCAGGAACGCACGGGCCUUGAUCACCUUCACAACUGUCCUUUACACGCUACUCCAGACUGUAGGUGCAGCGGUCUUCGUACCCGUCUGGUGUGCUCUGUAUACUUGGAUUUCCGGUCGAUCUACAUACUGGACCUUCACGAGAGAAACACCGGUCACGAAAGCGGCAAUUCUGCCAGCCGCCCUACUGCUGGCCUAUGUCAUCCCGUCGCUCGGACUAGCAUACCAAUUUCAGGACAGCCGGAGUCUGCAAGCCUAUCUAGCAUUCUGGCAGAUCACGCCCAUGCUCAUCAACUUGAUCUGGGUGCCGAUGGCAUGGAUUACCAAAGCGUCAUCAAGUGGCAAGGCCGGACCACCCGACACGGACGUACUGUACCUCAACAUCACGUAUGGCCUCAGCUUCCUGGCCGGCUUUAUUCCACAUGUGGCGCUUCUAUAUAUUUGCUUCACGUCCAACGAACCAACUUAUACGCUGGACUUCAUUUUCACACCGCGUCAACCAACUGAUCCGACAUGGAACUCUGCACUGUUCUUUAUCUUCAAGGUGGACCUGGCCGCUGCCUUCGUUUCCAUGAUCUUGUGGUGCUUCCAAGUGAGGCUUGAGCUCAUCAACGUGGGAUGCGAGCCUUCCGGAGUCGCAUACGUCCUGUUCGGCACGGUAAUCGGAUCAAUCGUCCUUGGGCCAGGCGCUUUCAUAAGUGCUACGUGCUGGUGGCGGGAAGCUAAGAUCAAUGCCUUCGAUCAGCCCAGGAAGACUAUGUAA